UUUGUUAUCAACUUUGGAUUUUUUCUGGUAAUAAAUCGCGAUCAUAUAAACGCUUAAUAAAGGCAAUAUUAACGAACUCUAUAUAAGCUGCUGUUUGACAUGGAGUAUUAUUGAUGUGGAAAUGGCAGCCACCCUGUCAUUCCGUUGGCUUGAUAUUUUGGAGAAAGAGUUCGACAAAGCGUUUGUAGAUUUAGAUUUACUUCUUGGAGAAAUCGACCCGGAUCAAUGCGAACUCACGUACGAUGGACGACAGAAGAUGACGGCCCUCAGUGCCGCAUUUGCUCAACUCUGUCACAAGUCGCAGACAGUUUUUCAGUCUAAUGCUAAAAUUGAGGCGCAACUUGUUAACAUGAGAGCUGACUUGGUGGAAAUGAGGGCAGCCAAGGAGCACACAGAGCAAGAACUCCACAAUGUGCUACUGCAGCUCCACUCCACACAGCUCCAGAUUCAGUCACAGAAAGGAGUGGAGGUGGAUUCAUCCACCAUACAGAAAAAAGUGGAAGAGGAGAUGAAAGCAAAGACCAAGGAGACCACUGCCCUUGAGCGAGUGACUGCCGAAGUGAAAGAGUUACGCAUCGAGAACGAAGAGCUGAGACAGUACAUCCUGGCUCUUCAGGGAGAGGUUUACGGGGCUCGACUAGCAGCCAAAUAUCUAGACAAAGAGUUAGCUGGAAGAAUUCAGCAAAUUCAGCUUCUGGGACGAGACAUGCGAGGAGCGGAGCAUGAUAAACUCUGGAACCAGUUAGAGGCCGAAAUCCAUCUCCACCGCCACAAAACAGUUAUACGUGCUUGUAGAGGGCGAAACAAUCGUAAGAAGAAACUACCCCUGCCUGAGGGACAUGAUUUCCAGUCCUUAAGGAAACAUCAUGGACUUGGGGAGACUCGUAAAGUAACCAUUAAAAAAGGAGAAGAUGAGGGGCUUGGCUUGUCCAUUACUGGGGGUAAGGAACAUGGUGUUCCGAUUUUAAUCUCAGAAAUCCACGAGGGACAACCAGCGGACAAAUGCGAUGCCUUAUAUGUAGGAGAUGCCAUUUUAUCAGUCAAUGGCAUUGAUCUGCGGGAAUCGAAGCAUGCAGAGGCAGUCCAUAUUUUGUCACAACAGUUAGGUGACAUAGAUCUGGAGGUGAUGUUUGUGGCCCCCGAUGAAGACAGCGAGGAGGAGGGGAGCCAAGUGGGGGAGGAUGACAAUGGAUUCAGAUACAGAAUCUAUGAUGACGAUGUUCUGAGCAGUAGCAGUGAGGCGGAAAUGCGUAAAAAUAUUCUACAGAAGUCAGCCCUGCCCCCCAAAAUAAACGGGGCCAUGUCACCAUCAGAGUCUGUUCCUUCUAGUCCAUCCAGGUUCGAGCAAUCAAAUGAGAAGCCUGUCGCUAGUCGUCACCCACAGGGAAGCAAGAUGCCAAAAUCCCAGAGUGUGGAGAUGGGGGUUAUACAAGCAAACGGUGUACAGCAGAACAGUUCAGAGGACCAGCAUCCAACAUUCAACGGUGAUUACACCUAGGUCUACGGCCCCGGCCACUAACAUACUUUGUGAUAUCCCAGAAGGCAUCAGCCUAUUUAUUUCUUCAACUUAUAGUUGCUGGGUUUUUUUCCUAGGUACAUGAACAUUUAAAUGUUUGUAUCUCAUGAUUAUGCCCUCAGUUUGUAGUUUCUUUUUUUUUUGAAGAUUCAAAAAUUAAUCAAUUUUAAAUAUUAUAUUCAUUUUGCAAUAUAGAGUUUGCCCGGUCUUUAAUUAGCCCUGUGACAACGAGGGCGAAUGGGGCGAAAAAAGAAAAAACGGGGGCGAAUAUUUCCCUGUAUACAGUAUUGAUAGCCUGACAGUUCUGACUCUGAUUAUUAAGAGUUAUUUUGAUCAGAUUGUUGAUGCACAGUUAUUGUUAAAUUGUUGAAGGGAUAUUAAGAUGUAUUUAUUUCUUGAAAGGUUUGGUUUAAGUAAACAUAGGAACUAGAAGCAAUCUAUCUACAUGUAAUAUAAAAAUGUAAGUGUUCUUAUCAAUCUAUGUAAGAUCUGUUACUAUCACCUGAUUGUAGCUUUAGUGUACCAGUGUUUGAUAUUCUUGUGUGCAAUGGUUACAUAGUACAUAAGAUCUACAUUUACAUUUCAAUUAUAAAUUAUUUAUAUCUUAUAAAAGGUGUAUGAUUAUGCAAUGAGUAGAAGGUUAGAAUUGAUUUCGUUAAAAGAGAGCUACAAACAUUAGCUCUAGGUGAUAUGUUCUAUUUAUGGUAGUAGUAUUAAUUAAGCACAUACAUGUAAACUUGUGUAAACAUGUAGACAUCUUCAAAGAUUGCUACAGUGACUUUGAAAGUGUAGAGUUUCUCUUGAUCUCACUGAUCUUGUAGGGGCUGUAGAGAAAUUGAUUGGGUUCAAAAAAAAAAAAAUUUAUAAUUAUAAUGUACAUUAUGCAUUUUCACUUUGAACAUCUUUUAUGAGGGAUAAAUUGAGUAUGUGUACAUUUUUAUUUAGGCCUUUAAAAAAUCUAUUAAGCAUUUUCCAGACGAGUAUUAUUAUUAUUACAAUAUUCAAGAAAAUUCAUUUUUAUUAAUUUUCUUUGAGAAAUAAAUCAAACAGGUAGCCUUCAGUUGAUAAUUUUUCUUUCUUAAAGUUACAUGUAAUUAUAACCCACAAACAACUGCCAUUAUGUUAAUUUUUUUAUAGAACAUGCACUGUAGACCACAUGGCAUUGUAUUCCUACAUUGUUAUGCUUGACAUGAAUAUCUUAGACUUGUUACACUCAUGUUACACCUAUGUCAUACAUGAACAUAACACUAGUUACCACACUAGUGCUUGUAUUACACUAGCAGUCAUUGUUUUACACUACCGAUCAUUGCAUGUGAUUUAAAAUUUCUAGUGUAAAUUGUGUUGCACAUAUUUGCAUUGUAUUAAAAUUGUGCAAAAAAAAAGCUAAACUUGUGUGUUUUUUGUGGCUUGUCAAAAAUAUAGUCUUUUAAGUAAACAUGCAUUCAAACACAAAUACAAUUUACACAUGUAUGCUUAAAUAUGUUACCACAUAGCUGUAUUUUUCUGCAUAAUAGUAAAGGUUUCUAAUAAUAUAUUGCAUUUAGUACCAUGAGACAAUCAUCAUUUAAGAAAACUGUUUUAUUUUUUGAUGAUUUCACAUGAAUUUUAUAUUUAAAAAAAGCCCUUAAAGAUUUUAAUCUAUGCUUUGGAUGUUUUUUGAGAAUAAGUGCUUGUUGCCUGUGUGUUCUUGCUUGAGUAAAUGUAUCAUACUACACAAUCUGUGAAAUUAUGUGUGCCAGAUUAUUUUAUGUAUUGGUACAUGACUUAUUUGUAAAGAUGCACAAUUCGAAAAUCAGUUUGUUCUCUUUCAUUUGUUGGUUAUAUUCAAAUUUAAAUGAAAAUUGCUUCAAAACAUUAACUUAUUACUAUAAAAGUGUGUUGGGCCAGAAUUUGUUUGUACAUGUAUUAUCGAUAAAGUUGUAGUUUAGGAUUUGAAUUUCUGUUACCUAGAUACUGAUAUUUACAAUUUGAAAAAUCAUAUUUUAAAAUUCAUCUUUGAGGAUUAAUUUGAAAUUGUUCCAAAAGUAUGAAUACAAAGUUAUGAAUGUAUAAUUUUCAUGCAUAAGGUGUUAUGGGAUACCUUAAUUAUUAAUUAUUAACCAUAAAGUGCAGUAACUGUUUAAAAAUUCUAAUUAAGGUUAAACUGUAAAAUGUCCCAGCAGGUUUUAGACCCAUGACUUGUCAAUUGCUAACUGCUGCUUUUAAAACUUUUUGCACUACACCAUUAGAUAUCAUGAUUUUGAAAGAGAAACAAUAUUAUGUAUAAAGUAAUGACUCAUAUCACUGAAACAGUUCAGCAUGCAUUAUUUGUAGAUAUCCCGUGCCUCUUCAAAUUUUUCCAUGUUAUUUUUUUAUUACUCUUGGCUGUUUUUUGUGCUUUGUUAUAAAUAAUUGUGAAUCAUUAUGUGUACAGUAUGUUUUGAUAUUAUUGGGACAUAAUAUUUUUAAAAAAGCUAGCUUUGUAGAUGCACAUUAGAUUUAUCAAUAAAACCUUGCAGGAGUUUUGAAAUCGUAUGAUAAUGCAAUAAUCAUUUUAUAUCUCUGAUAUCAGUUUUUAGUGCUAAGAAAUAUUAGGGGUUUUCGCGGAGAAAGGGGAGUGGGGUAUCUUUAACUUAUUCAUUUCUUUGUUUAAAAUGUCCAGCGUCAAUAUGUCACUCAUAGUUGUAUAAAAUCUAUACAUUUUGAACAAUUACAGUUUUUAUUGAGAUUAGACUGUCACAUGACUGUGUCUAGUGGUAUCACUUUAAUUAAAGCGACAAAGUUGAUCAUGUUUUAUUGUUUCUUCAGCACAGAUUUACAGGUAUCGGCAUUGUUUAAUCAAGUCAAAAUGUUUAAGAUAUUUUUCUCAACUGGAUGUAUAUUUCUGUUAAGUUGUUUUUAUUCCAUAAAACUUAGUAUAAAAUUCUAUAUUGGUUAAAAAAAAAAAAAGGGUUUCUUGUCAGUGUAAUAUACCAUUUUUUGUCCUUUCAAGAUUCAGUUUUGUUUAAUGAUUGAAAGUUAGCAUGUUGUAUACAUAUAUAUGUACAUGUAAUUUACAUGUAUGGCGUGCUAUGUGGGUCCCUUGAGCAUUUAGCUCUUAUUUUACAACUUCAUGUAGUUAAAAGGUU